CUUCCUUUCCUGCAAAAAAUUCAGACGUAAACACCACAAAAGGCAACAGGUGCAGCAAAGAGUUCUCUUCGAGUCUUCAUAGAACACAAGUUUCAGAAUAGAAGAAGCUGUACUGUUGAGAAAAGUUCAGCAAUGGCAGGAGCAAGCGGCAGCAGCAGGUUGCCCACCACCAAGGCUUUCCAAACGGACAGCCAUCUUCCUUCAUCUUCGAAGUCUGGUAACGCCAGCCUGGAUCGUAUCCCAUCUCUCAAGUUCCCGUUCCUUUGGGAGCCAAAGAAUACGCACAGGAUUAGCCGCGGCGCAGAGCAAAGGGCUGCCUUGAUCACCCUGGGAGCUGCCAGCUUCACACCGGAGAAGAAGCUGGGGCGUUUCCUAUCGGAGGAGGUGAAGAACAUUGACCUUUUGUUACCUCUGGCAUAUGAGAUCACAAGGACCAUGAUCCUGAGGCAGUUUGGAGCGGCACAGUUGGCACUGGAAAGGCAGUGCUGGUCCAAGAUCGCUGAGACAAUAGUCCACCAGGCCAUCGUCAGUUGCCAAACCUUCACACUGAUUGGUGUCGCCGGAUCCCUUGUUGGGUCAGUCCCAUUGUUUGCUGAGGGUUGUGUUGGUGUGAUGAAGUCGUUCUUCAUGCACUUCCAUGCCAUGUCCCACACGGUAGAUAGGGGUGAAAUCAUAAAGCUGCUUAUUGAAGCAUUAGACAUGUUUCUGAUGGGCACUGCUCUUCUCAAGUUUGGCAUGGGUAUGUACAUCAUGUUCUAUGGUUCUCAGAGCAUUCAGACACCAGCAGGACAUGCUAACACGCCCCAUUUAGGAGCAUUCAACCUAAAGAAGCUGAAAGAUGGGGCUAGGAUCAGGUCCAUCACGCAGGCAAAGACGAGGAUCGGCCAUGCAAUACUCCGGCUGCUGCAGGUAGGCGUUCUCGAGAAGUUCAAGAGCGUGCCUCUGGUCACUGGACUCGACAUGGCCUGCUUUGCUGGAGCAGUGGUUGCAUCCUCAGCCAGCGUCUUCCUCCUGUCAAAGCUCAGUAUGGGUCAGGAACAACUGAAGCAAAGCUGUGCUUGAGCAUAUCUCCAUGUGACAGAGCAAGAGUUUCCAGCGCAUCACAAGUAUGCAUAUGUUAGAUGUAUAUAUACAUUGUGUAAUUACUCACCAGUCUAGGUUGCUAUCUGCACUUCAUAUCUGCCCCUUUGGGCAUGGUAAUAGAUGAGUUGCACAUUUCUAACAGCAUAUACAGAAACCAGAGGAAAACGCAAGUGCUCGUACAAUAAGGGAAGGGGUUCAGAUUUCAGAGCAUGCAGAGUUGCAGUCCCAGUGUUUCAGUAGUAGAUUUCAGUUUUCCUUCA